AUGGAAAAGGCAAUUAACGAAAGAAUCGAAAAAUGGAAAAAAGAAAAUACUACUGAUAACAAGGAAGUAACAAAUGAAAAUGCAUAUGAAAGUAUAACUGAAUUAAUUUUAGAUGGAAAAAAAUUUAAUACUAUAAAAAGCGAAGAUAUUGAAUUAUUAAAAAAUUUCAAAAAUUUAGAAAGAUUAUGUUUAAAUCAAACAGGUAUACAAAAUUUAGGAAGUAUGCCAACUAUGGAAUCUCUAACUGUUUUAGAAUUAACAGAUAAUCAUCUAAGCACAGUUGAUAUAUUAAAACAUAUUACAACAUCAUUUCCAAAUCUUAAAACAUUAGAAAUAGGAGGAAAUCAUUUUAAAAAUAUAAAAGAUUUUGAAACAUUAAAAGAUUUAAAACAGUUAACCCGUUUAGGAGUACAAUUUAAUCCAUUUUCAGAGGAUUCUAAUUAUAGAAAAGAAUUAUUUGAGGUAUUACCAGAUGUUAAAAUAAUAGAUUGUUAUAAUAAAGAUGGUGUUGAAGUUUUAAGUUCUGAUGAAGAAGAUGAUGAAGAAGAAUAUGAAGAAGAAGAUAACACAUUAAAAAAUUUUUAUGAAGCUGAUUUUAAAGAAGAAGAUGAUGAAGAUGAAGAAUUUGUACCAAAUGAUAAUGAAGAUGAAGAUGAUGAUGAAUUAGAUGAUGAUUUAGAAGAGGAAGAAAUUGAAGAAUUAAAUAAAGAAGAAGAUUUUGAUGGGGAAACUAAAGAUAGUGAAAAUGCCCCAAAAGAGGAAAAAAAUAAUAAAAGAAAACAAGAUGCCUUAGAAAAUAAUGAUAAUGAAACUGAUACUAAGAAAACAAAAGUUGAAUGA